AUGUUCUUCCAAUUCGAGUGGCGAUGCCGUCACGACCUGGCGGUGACGUUGACGAUCGUUGCAGGCUGCGACUUGAACUCCAACAAGUCAUUUGGAAAAGUGGUGACCAACUCGAGCGAUUUGCUGAAGGCACUUUCCGAUAAUAUUGAGCCGGACUCCAUCAUUCGCACGAAUAUCUUCAACGAGCCGCAAUACGAAGUCGGCAAAAGUCUGUUCUCCAAGUACAUCCCGGUGAACGAGCAGGAGUUGAGGAUCCGCUUCACUGACGGUGGCAAGAGCGCGAUCCAGCAAUUCCGCGAAAAACUCGGUCAACCCUCCGACGACACCAGUACGGCACAUGACGUCGAGGAGUGGCUGUCGGAAUUUGUGGCCGAACACUUCACCGGCAAGACGCUACAAGAGCUGAUGGCCCUCUACCUUGAAGGCCUCACCGGCAAAAAGGCUUGUAACGCCGAGCCCGCCCCGCCAGUCGAGCAUCCGCCCCGCCGCUCCUACGACGUCGGGUUUAAGCUCGAGGUGGCCGCCUUCGCCAAGGCGAACAGCAUCCAUUCGGCGUCGCGGAAGUACGACGUUGCUAGGAAGAACAUACAAACUUGGAUCCGGCAGCGCGAGGUGUUGCAAUACGAAUUUGAAGAAGAUGACCAAGCCAAACGAAAGCGACUCCUCGGUGCCGGUCGCCGAGUACGCGACGACAAGCUGGAGAACGACCUGGUGACGUGGAUCUGCGAACGGCGCGCUUCUGGCCAGGCCGUUAGCCGAUCGCUGCUACAGAAGCAGGCCAUCAAAAUGUCGACUGAUCCGAGCUUUAAGGCCAGCAACGGUUGGCUUGAAUCGUUCCUGAAGCGCAACAAAAUGGUCCAGCUGUCCGAGGGAAUUUUCUUGAUA